GUGUGUGUGUGUGUGUGUGUUCUCCCACAGAGGGGAUAAGGUAGGUGUUGAAUGUAGUUAUAGAAACUACUCCUUUAAUCCUUCAUCACGUGACUCAUAGUAAUGAUGAAGACAGCAGCAGAGCUGCUCACCCUGUCAGUUCGUCCAUCUUCAGGUUGAUCCUCUCUCUCUCUCUCUCUGGUAAGUCUCCUCGUGCAGCCUGUUGCUUUUGGAACAGAAACGCCUUCCCUCUUCGUGUCUGAAGCCUGCGGACGUGUUAGAGGAUUAAUUACAGCGCAGCUGUUCAAACUUUUGCCACAAAGCUUCUAUAAAUAAACCCAGCUGCUGGUCUGAUCUGUAAUUGAUGUCCAUUUGUCGAGUUUAGUAUCCGGAUUAAUUGCAGGGCUCCGCAAACAGACGGUUACCACUUUGAUUCAUUCUUUCCAUCAAAUAUUCAAAUGCAAAUGAGCGGGUGAAUCAGUCCCAGGAGAGCUGCUCCAUAAAUACGCACGCGGCUCCGUGCAUCCUGUUCUCCUCGCAGGAUCCGCGGAGGUGAUCCUGCUCAGCGGGGAGGGGGUAGACCAGGACGCGGGAGAAGCUGCACACUUCUGGGCGGAGAGAAGAGUUUCCGUCGUAUGAUGUCUGUGGUGGGCGCACAGGCUCUCAUCAAACCAAUGCAGACUUCACCAUCGGUUUCGCCCGGAAUCCAGCGGAGACACACGCUGCCCGCUAGCGAGGUGCGGCCGCUCAACACGCAAGAUGCCAUCAGCGUCUUUGAGAUCGAAAGGGAGGCUUUUAUCUCAGUGUCAGGUGAGUGUCCUCUCCACCUGGACGAAGUGCGUCACUUCCUCACGUUGUGUCCGGAGCUGUCCAUGGGCUGGUUCGAGGAGGGGCGGCUGGUGGCUUUCAUCAUCGGGUCCUUGUGGGACCAGGACAGGCUCGCCACAGAAGCGCUGACACUCCACAAGCCACGUGGCUCUACCGUGCACAUCCAUGUCCUGGCGGUCCAUCGCACCUUCAGGCAACAGGGGAAGGGCCCCAUCUUGAUGUGGCGCUACCUGCAGUAUCUCCGCUGCCUGCCCAACGUGCGCCGAGCCGUGCUCAUGUGCGAGGACUUCCUCAUCCCCUUCUACCGCAAAUCAGGCUUCAAGGUGCUGGGCCGCUGCGCCGUCACCGUGGCCAACCUCACCUUCACGGAGAUGUGGUAUCCAAUCAGCGGCCACGCCUACAUGCGCCGCAACAGCGAGGCCAUCCGCUUCCCGCAGCAUCCAUUGACCCUGCCUCUGGCAAAGACUGACGAGCAAGUUGACUUAUGACUCUUAUCUCAGUGAAGCAGUGGCGCCCCCCUUAGUGAGAGUUAGGGGGGCCCCCACGGCGAGGCCCCCACAUCUCCCUCACUGGGGGCCCUUCUUGAUCAGACAGUCUCAUGUGCAAAAUAAUAUUAAUGAAUGAAAGAGAGGAGAAGACAGCUUCAGUGAGCUGCAAGAUUCAUUUAUUUAAGCGUAACGUAAUUUUUUUCUGUUUUUAAGUCACAAACAAGUCUGUAAAAUAAGCAAAGAAGUAGGUUUACAUUAAAACAUGGGGAGCUGAUUGUCAACAAUAAAAAUGAUUUCUCUUUGGCCACAUUUAGCCUCAAAUUAUAUAAUUAAUAAGAAAUUCAUAGAGUAAAAAAUUAGUUAAAUGUAAGUUUUUAAAAUUUUCAAAUCUGUUAUUUUGCUAAUUAUUUAGUUUGAACUUAGUUAGAUUAAUAACUAGAUUCUAGCAUUUAUGUAAAACUUUUAUAUGUUUGAGGUUUUUUUUUAUUUUUACUUUUAAUAUUAUUAUAUGACAGUGGGAUUUUUUUUGUACAAAUACGGCUAAAACUAAUUUUAGGAGCUAAAUUUGAGCUACACUUUAUUAAAUCUCAUAGUUUUUUAGUGUUUGCUUUACAGUCAGCUUCGUAUUCCCUCAUUGCAGUAUUUUGUAAUUAAACUCCUAAACUUCUGUUGUUGUUUCUUGUGUUCGAGUGGCCCCCAUCCGGCCACCCCAGUCCGCCCCCUUUUGAGAACCCCCUGGAGGCACCCCUGCACCAGUAACUGUGUGAAAUGUUCUGUUAAAUAAACAGGAAAAUCCUGCAAGUGUUUGUUGUAAGUAAAUAAGUGAUGUGUUGAACUGUAGGGUUACAAGUUGCUGGGUAAGCGAUUUCCUGCUUAACACCUCUCAGUACUUCCCACACAUCAGCUGAGGUCAGUCAUCAGGCUUUAGCCGCUCAGUUACAGCUCGUCCCGCUCUGUCAUGGGAGCUUUAGCGGACGUGAACGUCUGAGGAUUUAGAUCGACUCAUCACAUAGCUCUAGGAUCUAUUGGUCUGACUUAAUUUUGAGUGGAUGCUGCAAAUUAUGGGAUGCAUUUUCGGUUGUAAAGUUGUGGUUCUGUUUUUAUUUCUGUUGCAGUGACACCGUGUCAUUAAAAUGUUUGAUACAGUUUUUAAAGAUAAAAUGC